AUGCGCAUGAUGAUUAUGAGCUGGAGCAUGUGCUUCCACGACGUUCUCGAUCCAGCCAUGCUUCAUGCCUCGCUCUCGGAGCUUCUUACCAUUGGUAACUGGAAGAAGCUGGGCGGCAGGUCGCGACUGACAAAACUUGGCAAACUCGAACUUCACAUCCCCCAAUCCUUCACCCCCUCCCGCCCAGCAAUCCACUUCACAACAGAACCAAACCCCUCAAGCCUAACAACCCACCCCCUAUCCUCAACCAUUCCCUCUCCCUCAAACCACCCCAUCAUCCUCGACACCCCCUCAACUCUAACUCCCCUCCUCGCCGGCCCCGAAGCACCAAAGACCUUCAAAGACUACACGACCACAGAUCGCCCCCUCCUCACCCUCCACAUCAUCACCUUCUCCGACGCAACCUUUGUCACAAUAACCUACCCGCACAGCAUCACAGACGGCAUGGGACGCCGCGACCUCGUUGAGAACUGGUGCCGCGUCCUAGCAGGCAGACGAGACCUCGUCACGCCUCUGGCAGACCCGUCGUUUGACCCAAUGGCCAAUAUCGCAAAGACAGAUACGCAGCGCUACGACGAGCCGUUUCUAUGGGAACAUAAAAGAUUGACGGGCUGGGGAAAAGUGCGGUUCACGUUGGGCUUGCUGUGGUACCUCCUUACGAACCGCAUCCAUCAACGAAACAUCUUCAUCCCGGCCACAUCACUCAAACGUCUCCGCGAGCGUGCUGAAGCAGAUAUAUCACCACCAGCUGACUCGGAGCCAACAACAACAGGACGCCUCAGCGACGGCGACAUCCUGACAGCAUACCUCGUCCGCUUAGCCUGCUCCCACAUCCCCUCCUCUUCCCCCACGAAACCAAUCUCCAUCUCCACGGCCCUCGACCUCCGCGGCCGCCUCCACGAAGACGACCUCCCACCCGGCGAAGCGCACGUCUCGAACCUGGUAGCGUACAACUGGACCAACACCACAGCUUCAGGCCUCCUCCACGCCCCCUUUGGCAAAGCCGUCGCGCUGAUCCGCAAUUCCGUCCGGUCGCAGCUUACCGACGCGCAAGUGUAUGCGUCAACGAGACUUACAUACAAUGCUGUCGCAGAGAGCGGGAGCACGAAUCAGUUUACGGAGCCGAAUGGGUUCGUUGUGAGUGUGUCGAAUGUGGGCAAGGCGAGGUUUCACGAGGUGAUUGAUUUUAGUCCUGCUAUUGUUGAGUCUAAAGAGCGGCCGGGGGGUGACGCAAGCGUGGAGGAGGAGGGUGAGAGGAAGACGCCUAGGGGGAUGAUUGUGUGGCAGUGUAAUACUCCCAGGAUGAGCCUCCUUCCGCCGUGUCUUAUUUAUAUCCAAGGAAAAGAUCAUGGGGGGAAUUAUUUGGUGCAGAUGGUGGUUUCGGAGAGGACGUGGCGGGUGAUUGAGGAUGAGGUUAAGAGGGUAUGA